AUGAGGUUGAUCAACACGACAACGCUAGAGCUGAAGACCGCCUAUGGCUAUGCCACUCCGUUGUAUGCCAUUCUAUCGCACACAUGGAGUGACGAAGAGCUUCUCUUUGAACAUUUGCAGGCCGGGAUCACGCAGCGUCAAAAGGACACCCCGAGCCGGGGUCUCAGCAAGAUCCUCGAAACGUGUCAGCGGGCAAAGAAUGAUGGAUUAGAAUACGUCUGGGUCGAUACAUGCUGUAUAGACAAAUCCAGCAGCGCCGAGCUGUCGGACGCGAUCAACUCCAUGUUCAGGUGGUACGAGGACUCUGCAGCAUGCUACAUCCACUUGGAGGAUGUUUCCAAUAGAGGCCGCCAGGGUGGUGUUGUAGACAUAUCGCACAAGCGCCAGCACGCUCCGGUAGACAACAUUGAUGUCUUGUCGCCAGUUGGAAGGGUGGGUACGAUGUAUCAUUGCGGUUAUUGCAACAAUCCCAAGACGCUACUGCCGAUGAUGCAGCAACACAGUGUAGCUGCGAGGAUGCACUGGGCCGCGCGCAGACGCACCACCCGGCAAGAGGACACGACUUACUGCCUUUUAGGUCUGUUCGGCAUCAACAUGCCCCUCCUCUAUGGAGAGGGGACCAAAGCUUUUGUACGUCUCCAAGGAGAGAUUGUGAGAUGCUACCCCGCGGACCAGUCCAUCCUUGCGUGGCUUGGGUACGAAGUUUCGGCCUGGGCAGAACUUCCAUUGGAGUUUGCGCUCGAAGAUGCGACUUCUCAACGUAUCGUUCUCACAGACUGCGACCCCUUUGAUGUGUUGCUUAGAAACCCAAACGGUUGGGAAACUCCGCCUUCAUCGGUGGCUCAUAUCGAAAUAUUACCGGCCUUCCCAACUUUCAUAUCAUCACCACAACUGAUAGAAACCCCCACCGGGAACAUCACCUUCGGUCCCUCGCUUACAGCAGAGCCUUAA